AAAAAAAAAAAACAAAAAGGUUAGCACGAGAAGCAAGCCAGCAAUAAUCUAACUGCCCAGAAAUUAAAAUAAAAUAAAAAAGAGAAAUAUAGGAAGAAAAUAAUGGGGCGCGGUUAGCCUUCCCAAUUUGUUGCCCCCAUUUCCAUUUCCCGAGAAUCGCCGCCCUCCUCCCCCCACUAUUUAGUCACCUUCUCUUCUUCCUUUCCUGCUCUCCCUCAGACCCUCACCCAAAAUUCCCCCGCCCCGCCCCGUCUCCGCUCCCCUCUCUUUCCUCCACAGCCUCAGCCGGCAGAGAUGGUGGCCGACAGCAAGGCUAAGUCCGAUAUCUCCUUCGCCGGCACUUUCGCCAGCAGUGCCUUUGCUGCUUGCUUUGCCGAGAUUUGUACAAUCCCCUUGGACACAGCUAAAGUCAGGCUUCAGCUCCAGAAGUCAGCUAUUAGUGGAGAUGUAUUGACUGCGCCCAAAUAUAAUGGCAUGUUGGGCACUGUUGCUACCAUUGCUAAGGAAGAAGGCGCGGCAUCGCUUUGGAGAGGCAUUAUACCUGGACUCCACCGCCAGUGUCUGUUUGGUGGCUUAAGGAUUGGUUUAUAUGAGCCUGUGAGGGACUUCUAUGUCGGACCGAACUUUGUCGGAGAUGUUCCUUUGUCAAAGAAAAUUCUGGCUGCACUUACAACUGGUGCUGUGGGAAUUGCAAUUGCUAAUCCGACUGAUCUUGUGAAAGUUCGGCUCCAAUCUGAGGGAAAAUUACCACCUGGUGUGCCAAGACGCUAUUCUGGAGCUCUAAGUGCUUAUUCUACCAUAGCCAGACAGGAAGGAUUUGCUGCCCUUUGGACUGGUGUUGGGCCAAACAUUGCACGGAAUGCUAUUAUAAACGCUGCUGAACUAGCCAGUUAUGAUCAAGUGAAGGAGACAAUAUUGAAAAUUCCUGGAUUUAAAGACAACGCUGUCACUCAUCUGUUUGCUGGUCUGGGAGCAGGUUUCUUCGCUGUCUGUAUUGGUUCUCCAGUUGACGUGGUUAAGUCCAGAAUGAUGGGGGAUCCAACUUACAAAAGCACAAUUGAUUGUUUCGUCAAGACAUUGAAGAAUGAUGGGCCUCUUGCUUUCUACAAAGGGUUCAUCCCAAAUUUCGGCCGUCUAGGAUCUUGGAAUGUGAUCAUGUUCCUGACUUUAGAACAGGCUAAGAAGUUUGUGAGGAGUCUGGAAUCACCAUCAGCUUGAGCUGGGGUGAGCACCGCGGCUUCUGGACGGGUGGGGAUGGAAGAUUUUGCAGUGAGGCGGAGGAGGAAUAAGUAGUCAUUUCGUUGGUCUUUGAAGAUUAGACCUUUAGCUAGUCGAGUGGGGAGGUUUAGUUAACCCGAGAAAGCUUUAGAAUAAAUGAAUCUGAUCCUUCUGCCAUUGACCUUUUGGGAAGUGUUUUUAUGGGAUUGUACUUGGUUGUUUUUUGCCCCAAAUUGGGGAUUUUGUGUUUAAACGGAUUCCUCCUGAAUAAAACCCGCAGAUGUUAGAUCUUUGGCAAACUAGUGAAAGGAAAUAUGAAUGUCGUUAUAGCCCUAAUUUCUUCGAGCCUGCCUCUCACUAUUUUCUAGCCUUAAAUUUUCAUCUU